AUGCAUCCCAGGUAUCAUCGACGUCUCCCACACGCUGAGCGUGCUCAACUCUGGAGACGCCAAGCGACAGCAACCAAAGCUAUUGGAGAAGAGAGUGAAACUUCGACUGCCAGUUUUAUCUUGACAACGCCUAUUACUCUUACCAUUAUUCAAACUAUACGAGACUCGACGUCUACCUCUGUCUCUUCAACCUCCAUCUCUACAAUUGUUAAACCAACUUCAUCAAGCACUUCAUCAAGCUCCACUGCACAAUCUACGAGUUCCACGAGCAGCAGCAGCAGCAUUUCUCAGACUUCCCUUGUGACGUCGACGGGAUCAUCAAGUUCAUCAUUAUCUCCUGCUUCGUCGACGGUGUCGUCUUCGGGGACGUUAAGCGGGACUAACAGUUCCACUCCAAGUGCUGUUGGCUCACUAUCAUCUUCGACUAAUGAACUACCCGGCGGGGCCAUUGCGGCCAUCGUUAUUGUGGUUAUAAUUUCCUUCGUCGGGGGUAUCCUCUAUUUAAUGCGUUCAAAAUCAAGACGUACUCGUAUGAAGCUCAGACCUUUGUGGACGCAGUCGAAGGCACUUAACAAACCCGUCGGUAUAUCAUCGGCAACCUAUCCAUUUGAACCUGUAGAGUCAGCGUACCCCGCAACAGAAACUCGUCAAGUCCCAUCAAGGACCUCUGGAUUGUCUAUCAGCAUUCCGGCUGCUAGCGUCUCCGUGCCACCCACUUCAUACAACAGUGAUAGUAACAGCAGCAUUUCAGCCAACAUCGUAUCAGCAACAAGCACAUUACCCCCAACUCUAGCUGUCUAUUCUCCAGGUGCAAAGUCAGCCCCGUCACCUUUCAGCGCCGUAGUGUCUUCUUCCUUCAUCACCCGGCUUCCUGAUGAGCUCUCAAUUGCUGUAGGGGAGAGACUACGGGUCUUGGCAGAGUAUGACGACGGAUGGUCAUUAUGCAUGAACAGCACAGGAGAGCAGGGUAUGGUGCCCAAUGAAUGUCUAAAUCGUGGUGGAGGUUUGUCGCAACGACCGACAAUGGCACAAGCAGCGACUCAGAGUGCGGAACGAAGGAGCAGCAGAGUUAGCAGCGUUGGCUGGUCUUGA